AUGGAUAUACAUUUGGGGGAGAUGUCGGUCCACGGCCACCCCAACCUCAUGCACCACGCUCAGGACGGACGGACGAUGCUGCAUUCCCGGGACCUCUCCGCCGUUUUCCCCAGGCCGCCCAUGGCAGAGUCCUCCAUGGCCCUGGAGGGCCCCGAGCAUCGGCCGCCGGGGCUGGAGCACUCCCUCUCGGCGCUGGGCUACGGUGGGGACUCCCCGACCGGCAGCGGGAGCACGUACACAACCCUGACUCCGCUUCAGCCGCUGGAGGAGAAAUUUCACCACCACCAUCACCACCACCAUCCCUGUCUGCCCGUCAGCAACGUCAUCGGCAGCUUCACGCUGAUGCGGGAGGACCGCAGCCUGGCGGGCAACUUCUACAACCCUUACGCCAAAGACUUGGGGAUGCCCCAGGGCCUGUCUCCUCCUCCGGCGGCGGGGUCAGGCCUCGGCGCGGUCAUGCACGGUUACAGCGGCCUGGGCAACGGUGCCGCCGGCAACGGCGGACAAAUGCUCUCCGCCGGGUACGAGGUCCACAUCGGCGCCGGGGGAGGCGGCAAUCUGUUCGGCAGGACGCCGGACUUCGCUCGGGAGAUGUCCCCUCACCAUCCUCACCCACCGCCGCCCGGGGUCGGCGAUUCGGGACUGGGUCACCAGCUAGGCAAGAUGGAGGGACACCAGAGCGAGCACGGCCACCACGGGCACGUGUACGGCCACCACCCGUUUCAGCACCACCAACAUCCCCAUCAUCACCACCCGGGACCGCAGCGGCCCUCCGCGGCUCCGGCUCCGGCGAGCGACGCCCUGUCUCCCGGAGCACAGGGCGGCGGCGGGGAGGAGAUCAACACCAAGGAGGUGGCGCAGCGGAUCAUAACGGAGCUGAAGAGGUACAGUAUCCCCCAGGCCAUAUUCGCCGAGCGAAUCCUGUGCCGGUCCCAGGGCACCCUCUCCGACCUGCUGCGGAACCCCAAGCCGUGGGGGAAGCUCAAGUCCGGCCGCGAGACCUUCAAGAGGAUGUCCAGGUGGCUCCAGGAGCCGGAGUUCCAGCGGAUGUCGUCCCUGCGGCUAGAAGAUUCAUUCCGCGGUCUGGCCACGUGUGCCCACCUGCACCAUCAGGACUCCCCCAAAAAUCCUGACUCCGACCGCGGCCAAUCGAGGUUCUGUCCUCCUUUGCCGCACCUUUUCAACCAGCUCCUAGCUCCACCCAUCAGGGGGGAGGCGCUGAAGGAGGAGCGAUGGGAAUAG